AUGGCGGCCAACUACUGGGAUUCGACGCAGCGGACAUGGUGGACUUUCACCAAGGACCAGCUUGAUGAUAUGCGUACUCAGCAGCAACAAGACAACCAGGAACUACACAGCAGAUUUCCUAUACCUGAGCCACGUCUGAUGAACAUUUAUAUACAGCAGCCUGUCUAUGUUGCUUGCAAGGUCGAAGAAUGUCCGAUACACAUCAGGUUGGUGCUGGCCGAGGCUGCGAGGCAAUGGCCUGAACUAGGCAUCAACGACAUCUCCAAGAUUGGCGAAUGCGAGUUUCAUCUCAUCAGUACGAUGUCGGCGCGCAUGAUAAUUCACCACCCGUACCGGAGUCUCAACGAUCUAGCCCCCGGCUUGAACUUAUCUACCGAUGAGAUGGCUUUAUCCCAGAACAUCAUCAACGAUCACUACAACACUGACAUGCCUCUGAUGUAUCCACCACACAUCAUCGCUGUGACAGCUAUCUUCCUGGCCGUCGUCUUGCGCCCAACUCAGUCGAAUCUGCAGGCUCAUGCUGCUGCCACCAGUGCCGCAGCCUUACAGAGUGCAAUGCAAAAUCCUAAUAAGAUCGCCAAGAUGACUCAGUGGAUGGCAGAGAGCGAUAUUGAUGUGAACGCUUGCAUGGCCGCCACCCAAGAGCUGAUCAGCCUCUACGAGGUUUGGGAAAACUACCAAGAGAGGGCUUGCAAGGAAGGCAUCACGAGAUUUAUGAAGGAUGCUCAGCUUGGCAAAUAG